GUCAGUAGGGCACUAGCAAGCCAGGCACCCGCGGCGAGCUAGCCAGUAGGAGCGCGAGGUGCAGCAGCGCUGCCUUCAAGAGAGCUCCUGAUAGCCUCUGUCCACUUGCACGACGCCUCAGUGCAUUCCGCGACGCGUACGGGCAGUACUCACCAGCCAGCUCCAACCACUGCAACAACGUCAGCCAGCCGCGCGCGCGUCGAGAGAGGUCAAGAGCUCGGAUUUGCAGACCUUUUGAAGUGGUCUAAAGAUGCUCCAUCGAUGCGACGCGGUGCUGUUCUUCUUGAUCGGUUCCGCGGCCGCCGCGGCGCCGCCGACUCAACAGCGGACGCGAUGCCAAGCCGCAGCGUCACCAACUCAGCAGACGCGGCGCCAAGCGCUCCGCUACGGCGUCGGCGGGGCGGCCGCGUGGCCUCUCGCGACCGCGGCGCUGCCCUCGGACAACGCCGGCGCGCUGACGACGCUGCGACGGCGCGUGGGCCAGAAGACGCUGGCGCAGGGGAGCUACGGACUCGACGCGCCCGACGUCUACUAUCCCGACUUCUUUGAAGGGACCUGGCGCGUGACGUCGAAGGCGGUCGAGGUGUCGGCACCGUGUGGAGCUCCCCUCUUCGGCGGCAACGCGUCGCUCGCCGCGGCGCGCGCGGAGCUUGAGGCGGCGCCUGUCGUCUACGAGGCGCGGUGGAUUCGCGACGGCCGUGGACGCCUCAUCGCCGAUCGCCCUUAUAACAUUGGGAGCAUCGCAGCCGCAACGAUGGGCGGACGCGAUGUGUUACAGCAGCUGCCGAGCUCCGACGCCUUCGACCCGAACGGGCUCAUCUUCAAGCUCCGGCCCGAGGGUUCGGAGGUCACCUACCGCGCGGAAUUGAGGGCGCUGGCGCGCCGCUUCGAGCCGUCGGCGGGCGAGCUCCGCGACUCGUCUGGCCUCCUGGUCUUCGACGCCGGCGAGCUCUCGCGGCAGUCCAUUUCGCUCCCCGGCAAGGACCUCGUGCAGCCGCCGUCGGUCAAGGACAUCGAGACCAUCAAUCUUUUUACAAGGACGAAGGACGGACGCAUCACCUCCACGCAACGCACGUCGACGUGGCUGGUCGGCACGGAGGGCAUCGCCGCCAUGAAGGCUCAAGCUGCAGAUGGUAGGGCAGUAGAUGUGAGGACCUACCGCGUGGACUACGAGCGGCUCAAGUAAGUGUGUUGUAAUUUA